AUGGCUCCCGCCGAGCACAGCUCCUUUGCGGCAUACGUCGACGAUGCCAACGAGGACACUGGCAGCUCCAUCGAGGGCACUCGCAUUUAUGCCGUUGCCGACGAAAUGCCUCCGCACAAGAACCGUCCCAACGUCGGCAGCAGGCUCAUGACCGACCAUUCAGGCAACCCUCGCUCCAAGCGCGCUAGCUUGACCGAGUCCGACUCAACCCGCUCCUCCAACAAGAGCUCCGACAAGCACCGCGAAAGGACUCGCCCUGCCGAUUCUCGCAGGUCCUCCCAACAGUACGACAGUGAUCGCGAGCGCGAGCAUCAGCGCGCCCGCCAGGAGAGAAAGGCUCGCGAGUCUGAAGGUCGCCGCUCCCACGGCCACUCGCCCAAGGAGUCCUCGAAGAAGACGAGGCCUACCAUACAGCAUGGCCCUCCUCACCCUAUGCCGCGAGGUGUGUCUGAUGAAUACCCGCGCUACGCCUAUCAGCAGCCUGCCGCGCCCUUUGCCCGCCCUCGCCCGGCCUCGAGGUCUGCUACAUACUACGAUGGACAGCCAUUCCCUCCUCCGCCAGCAGGCAUGGCCUGGCAUCCUCCUCCUCCUUUUCCUCCCGGCCACUUCCCACCUGGUCCUCCCGGUCAUCCCAGGCAUUUCCCGCCCAUGCAUGACAUGUCUCCGCGAGGUAUGCCUCCGCCCUCGCCCAUGGGCAUGGCGCCGCCAGGCUACUUUCCCGGUCCGCCUCACCCCGGUUACAGUGACCAUCUCAAGGCCAGGUUCGAGUCAAGGCCCCCAUCCGCCAUGGGCGCCUUGGGUGGCCCCGAGCGUUUUCCUCCAGGCUACAGCCCAGAUGAAUAUGGUGAUGAGUCGGCACCCAAUGUGAAGCGCCGUCCUUCACACCCCUCCAGAGGUGAAAGUGAUCGCAGGAUGAUGCCGCCUCCUGAUCGCGUCCCCCAGCGGACCAUGUCGGCCGCCCCUCAGCAUAGCGGCCCCUAUCGUCCGCCGCCUGGUCGCCCCCAAAUAAGCCAGCAUCCUCGACGGCCAUCCGUCAACAGGCACUCGGCCUGCUUUGCUGAUGAAUAUGACGACGAAGAGUAUGAUCCUAGCCACGGGCGCUUCCAAGACCUAUCCCCAGAGCCAUCCUAUCGCCAGAGACGCUACGUGGACCCGGCACGGUCGAGGCGUGGCUCCCAGGCAUACGAAAGCGUCGACAUCAUCCCAGCCAGCCGGCGUGCUCGUAGGGCCUCCGCCUACGGUGCGCCGCCUCGCGCCGCCGCCGCCAAGUACGAAGCCCAGUACGCAGCUUCCAAGAUGAUGGAUGCUCAAAAGUAUCAGGAUGCUGUCACUGGUGGACCCAAGAUGCCACUCACCGCCGAGAUGCUGCAGAAGGCAACUCGAGGCAACCCUGGCAGCCAGUCCACUCGCAGCAGCGGCAGCCGUGAUGAUAGUGAGUAUCGUCGCAGCUACACCACGGGCAUCACCCGCUCAUCUUCUGGCAAUGGCACGCAAGACGUCACCAUCAAAGUUGGCGACGCCGAAUUCAAAGUCCAGAGCGGAACAGAAUUCACUUUCACCUCUAAAGGUGGUCAGCAGCAGAUUCGAUCUAGCAGUGACAAGUCUAGCACCGUCUAUCAGCUAGAGGACGGUCGUGAUCAUGAGCGGGAGCUCCCGCGCAUGACUCUGCCACAUCGAAUCCGUGCACCAAGCCAGUCGGGACAACGGCCGCGUGGAUACACGUCCGGAACAUAUUCGCCUUAUGAGCACAUGUACGCCGAAGGAGGCAACUACAUUUAA